AUGAAGGCAACUAAAUCCAUUCAGUGUAGAAAGUACUUCAGAAAUACUUCAGAAAUCAAUCACAGCUGCUUGUGUAUCAAAGAAUACACAGAGGGGAUAAACCUUUUGCAUGCUCAUAGUACAGAAAGAAAUUCAGUCAGAGUUGCACUGUUUGAUGACACCAAAGAUACCCACACAUGGGAGAAACCUUUUGAAUGUUCCGAGUGUGGAAAGAGAUUCGGUGAGAGUCGCACUCUUCAGAAGCACCAAAGAACCCACACAGGGGAGAAACCUUUUGAAUGUUCCGAGUGUGGAAAGAAAUUCAGUGAGAGUGGCAGUCUUCGAAACCAUCAGAGAACCCACACAGGGGAGAAACCUUUUGAAUGCUCAGAGUGUGGAAAGAGAUUCAGUGAGAGUGGCGCUCUUCAAAAGCAUCAGAGAACCCACACAGGGGAGAAACCUUUUGAAUGCUCAGAGUGUGGAAAGAGUUUCAGUGAGAGUGGCGCUCUUCAGAAGCAUCAGAGAACCCACACAGGGGAGAAACCAUUUGAAUGCUCAGAGUGUGGAAAGAGUUUCAGUGAGAGUGGCGCUCUAGGGGAGAAACCUUUUGAAUGCUCAGAGUGUGGAAAGAGAUUCAGUGAUAGUGGCAGUCUUCGAAACCAUCAGAGAACCCACACAGGGGAGAAACCUUUUGAGUGCUCAGAGUGUGGAAGGAGAUUCCGUGAGAGUGGCCAUCUUCAACAGCAUCAGAGAACCCACACAGGGGAGAAACCUUUUGAAUGCUCAGAGUGUGGAAAGAAAUUCAGUCGGAGUGGCCAUCUUCAAGAUCAUCGAAAAACCCACACAGGGGAGAAACCUUUUGAGUGCUCAGAGUGUGGAAAGAGAUUCAGUCGGAGUGGCCAUCUUCGAAACCAUCAGAGAACCCACACAGGGGAGAAACCUUUUGAAUGCUCAGAGUGUGGAAAGAGAUUCAGUUGGAAUGACACUCUUCAAAAGCAUCAGAGAACCCACACAGGGGAGAAACCUUUUGAGUGCUCAGAGUGUGGAAAGAGAUUCAGUGAGAGUGGCAGUCUUCGAAACCAUCAGAGAACCCACACAGGGGAGAAACCUUUUGAAUGCUCAGAGUGU